UUUAUUACCUUUUCCCUUCAAAUCAAAACUUAAAUUAGCUCUACGCCUACUUGUUCAAUUUUAGAAUUCACAACAUUUUUCCCUCUAUUCAAACUGAAACCCCCCGAAACCCUAGAAUUUGAAUUCUCCCUGUAAUUCACCAAAUCACACCCACCAACUGCCAUUCUCUAAACUUGCACCAAUGAAUUAUCUGGAUGAAGAUGCUACUUCGGGCUCUGGAGAUGAUAUGAACAUGUUAGAUGGACACAACAAGCGUCAGUCCAUGAUGCCAUCAAGUUCUGGUCGACGCAAGAGAAGUCGUAAGGCUACUGGUGAUGCCAUUGUGGAUGCUAUGCUAGAAAUAGCUGCUGCUUCAAAAAUGAGGGCAGCAGCAAUCAUGAAGAAUGAAGAUCGGUUUUCAAUAAGCAAAUGCAUUAAAGUAUUGGAUGACAUGCAAGAUGCCUCAGCCACCAUGGAUGAAUUUGACUUAGAAUUGGACGAGAUGGAAUUAGUUGCUGCAGCUGCUGGCUAUUAUUAUUGCAAUAGUUUAAGUAAGCUACCUCAACAUAAUAUCUCACCUGCUGGAAGUGGAUUUAUGACUCAAGUGCUGGAAGGACAUGAUGAUGUAUGCCGGCAAAUGUUUCGAAUGGAUAAACAUGUUUUUCGCAAAUUCUGUGGCACACUUCGACAAAGAGGCAUGUUACGCGAUACAGCUGGUGUUAUGAUAGAGGAACAACUAGCAAUUUUUUUGAACAUUGUGGGUCAUAAUGAGCGUAACAGAGUAAUCCAAGAGCGGUUUCAACAUUCAGGUGAAACCAUAAGCCGACAUUUCAAUAAUGUGCUGAAGGCAAUCAAGUCCCUCUCACGUGAAUUUUUAUUGCCACCUCAACCUAACACUCCUCCUGAAAUUAUCAAUUGUAAUAGAUUUUACCCAUAUUUCAAGGAUUGUAUCGGGGUCAUAGAUGGCAUGCACAUCCCUGCACAUGUCCCAGCAAAAGAUCAAUCUCAAUUUCGUAAUAAGAAAGGUCUAUUAUCACAAAAUGUGUUGGCAGCCUGUACAUUUGACCUUCAGUUCAUAUUCAUUUAUCCAGGAUGGGAAGGCUCUGCUGCAGAUUCACGUGUGCUGAGAGCAGUCCUAGAUGAUCCAGAUCAGAAUUUCCCUAGCAUUCCCGAAGGAAAAUAUUAUUUGGUUGAUAUGGAUUACUCAAAUACAGAAGGAUUUAUAGCUCCAUAUCUAGGAGUUCGGUAUCACGUGCAUGAAUAUAGAGGUGCUAAUAAAUUGCCUAGAAAUGCAAAGGAACUGUUCAAUCAUCGGCAUGCAUCCCUUAGAAAUGUCAUUCAGCAGUCUUUUAAUUUGCUGAAAGCUCGAUUUCCUAUUCUGAAACUUGCCCCUCAGUAUGCUUUUCAAAUCCAAAGGGAUAUUGUUAUAGCUACUUGUGUUCUACAUAAUUUCAUCCGACGUGAAGAACGAAACGAUUGGUUGUUUAAUAAUGUUGAGGGAGUGACAGUGGAAGAAUUACCUUAUUUUGAUGAUCAACUUGACAUGCACUUAACUUCUUCCAUUCAAGAGCAAAUUGCUUCAGCAUUACGAGAAUCAAUUGCAACAGCUAUGUGGAGUGACUUUAUAAACAAAUGGGAUGAGUGGUGAUUGUGAACUCAGGUAUUAGAAGUUGGUACUGAUGCUGUAUAGUUUUUUUCGUUUCUUGUUUUGGAAAUAUAUUGCUACACCUAUGUGCCUUUUCCUACAGGAAGAUGAUCAAUUGCUAUGUAGUUUUGGAAAUUUAAGUUUAAAUUUGGCCUUAUAGAUUGGCGAGUCUGUCUCUGUUCAUGAUUAGAAUUUGCAUCAAUGAUUGUCUGCUGAACAUGGUGGAAACCGGUGUGGCUGAGAUUGGAAGUUAGGAAAGCAGAUGCUAAGCACGAGCUAUUGCUUUGUUCUAAGAUGCUGGGAUGUGGGUAAUGUAGAUUCUUUAGAAAAUGUGUAUCUUAAUAUUUUUAAUAUUAAAAAA